AUGCCUUUCUUCUACCUAAUCAACAAACCGACCAUCAUUGUAGAAUCAAGCUCAUCGUUGUUGGUGAUAAAAGCACAGCUUCUGAGUGCUCUUUGGUGGUUUUGUGCAGGGAAAACUGCUUUUCUCAACAUGUUUUCCUCUGGGAAGCUUGUGGAAGUUGAUGAGUGUGCUAUGAUCCAUUGUUUGGAUUUCUCAACAAACACUGGCAACAUAACUUUUGACUGCUGGGAUUGUUCUGGAGAAUUUGUGAAGGAUGUGACCUACAUGAAUGCAGAUUGUGCCAUCAUCUUUUUCGAUGUCACCUCAAAGAAGACAAACGAGAGUGUUCAGAACAGGCAAAUACAUGCCAAUGACAUGAUAUUCCACAGGAUAAAUAAUCUCCAGUACUACGAGAUUUCUGCUGUGUGCAACUACAAUCUUGACAAGCCGUUUUUGUACUUUGCUAAAGUAGUCACCAAGGGGCAAAGCUCUGAGUUUGUCGUGCAACCACCUCUUAUUCCACCAGAUUUUUUUAUGGACAAUGCUGCUCAGAAGCAGAUCCAGGAUGAUCUCACUGCGGCUGCAGCUGAGCCCGAUGAUGGCAACUAUGAUGUGGAAAUGGAUGGCUUUGAGCUCAUGGAUACAAUACACGGAAUUUGCCACAACCCAAACUUUUAUUUUGUCAAAAAUUUAUAA